CGUCCGCCCUACCCCGGAAUGUGGGCCUUUGGAGCGAGCGAAGUGGGAGGGACCGACGCAGGAGGUGUCCUGGGCCCGGGCGGCUAUAGAGGCGGCGGCGCCUACGGGGAGUGGGAGGAGCCGCGCGGUUCCGGCUGCUCCGGCUAGGCGACCCUUGGGUCGGCGCUGCGGGCGAGGUGGGCAGGUAGGUGGGCUGACGGCCGCGGCUCUCCGACAGGCGCGGGCGGCGGAGUCCCCCACGGGGUCCGGAGCGCCCCCCCGCACCCCCGGCCUCCAGUGUUGAGGCGGGGGAGUGAGGAGAUGCCGACUCAGAGGGACAGCAGCACCAUGUCCCACACGGUCGCAGGCGGCGGCAGCGGGGACCAUUCCCACCAGGUCCGGGUGAAAGCCUACUACCGCGGUUUGUAGUUGUCACAAGAACUGUUUUGACUUGAGGAUGGUCAGCCAUGAACUUUGCAAGGGAUAUCAUGAUAACACAUUUUGAACCUUCCAUCUCCUUUGAGGGCCUUUGCAAUGAAGUUCGAGACAUGUGUUCUUUUGACAAUGAACAGCUCUUCACCAUGAAAUGGAUAGAUGAGGAAGGAGACCCGUGUACUGUAUCAUCUCAGUUGGAGUUAGAAGAAGCCUUUAGACUUUAUGAGCUAAACAAGGAUUCUGAACUCUUGAUUCAUGUGUUCCCUUGUGUACCAGAACGUCCUGGGAUGCCUUGUCCAGGAGAAGAUAAAUCCAUCUACCGUAGAGGUGCACGCCGCUGGAGAAAGCUUUAUUGUGCCAAUGGCCACACUUUCCAAGCCAAGCGUUUCAACAGGCGUGCUCACUGUGCCAUCUGCACAGACCGAAUAUGGGGUCUUGGACGCCAAGGAUAUAAGUGCAUCAACUGCAAACUCUUGGUUCAUAAGAAGUGCCAUAAACUCGUCACAAUUGAAUGUGGGCGGCAUUCUUUGCCACCGGAACCAGUGAUGCCCAUGGAUCAGUCAUCCAUGCAUUCUGACCAUGCACAGACAGUAAUUCCGUACAAUCCUUCAAGUCAUGAGAGUUUGGAUCAAGUUGGUGAAGAAAAAGAAGCAAUGAACACUAGGGAAAGUGGCAAAGCUUCAUCCAGUUUAGGUCUCCAGGAUUUUGAUUUGCUGCGGGUAAUAGGAAGAGGAAGUUACGCCAAAGUACUAUUGGUUCGAUUAAAAAAAACAGAUCGUAUUUAUGCAAUGAAAGUUGUGAAAAAAGAGCUUGUUAAUGAUGAUGAGGAUAUUGAUUGGGUACAGACAGAGAAGCAUGUGUUUGAGCAGGCAUCCAAUCAUCCUUUCCUUGUUGGGCUACAUUCUUGCUUUCAGACAGAAAGCAGAUUGUUCUUUGUUAUAGAGUAUGUAAAUGGAGGAGACCUAAUGUUUCAUAUGCAGCGACAAAGAAAACUUCCUGAAGAACAUGCCAGAUUUUACUCUGCAGAAAUCAGUCUAGCAUUAAAUUAUCUUCAUGAGCGAGGGAUAAUUUAUAGAGAUUUGAAACUGGACAAUGUAUUACUGGACUCUGAAGGCCACAUUAAACUCACUGACUACGGCAUGUGUAAGGAAGGAUUACGGCCAGGAGAUACAACCAGCACUUUCUGUGGUACUCCUAAUUACAUUGCUCCUGAAAUUUUAAGAGGAGAAGAUUAUGGUUUCAGUGUUGACUGGUGGGCUCUUGGAGUGCUGAUGUUUGAGAUGAUGGCAGGAAGGUCUCCAUUUGAUAUUGUUGGGAGCUCCGAUAACCCUGACCAGAACACAGAGGAUUAUCUCUUCCAAGUUAUUUUGGAAAAACAAAUUCGCAUACCACGUUCUCUGUCUGUAAAAGCUGCAAGUGUUCUGAAGAGUUUUCUUAACAAGGACCCUAAGGAACGAUUGGGUUGUCAUCCUCAAACAGGAUUUGCUGAUAUUCAGGGACACCCGUUCUUCCGAAAUGUUGAUUGGGAUAUGAUGGAGCAAAAACAGGUGGUACCUCCCUUUAAACCAAAUAUUUCUGGGGAGUUUGGUUUGGACAACUUUGAUUCUCAGUUUACCAAUGAACCUGUCCAGCUCACUCCGGAUGACGAUGACAUUGUGAGGAAGAUUGAUCAGUCUGAAUUUGAAGGUUUUGAGUAUAUCAAUCCUCUUUUGAUGUCUGCAGAAGAAUGUGUCUGAUCCUCAUUUUUUCAACCAUGUAUUCUUCUCAUGUUGCCAUUUAAUGCAUGGAUAAACUUGCUGCCAGCCUGGAUAAAAUUAACCAUUUUAUAUUUGCCACCUACAAAAAAACACCCAAUAUCUUCUCUCAUAGACAUAUAUUAAUCAAUUGUUACAUCUAUUUUACUAUGAAAAAGAAAUUAAUACUAGCUUCCAGACAAUCAUGUCAAAAUUUAGUUGAACUGGUUUUUCAGUUUUUAAAAGGCCUACAGAUGAGUAAUGAAGUUAUCUUUUUUGUUUAAAAAAAAAAAGAAAACCACUGCAUUAAAAAAGCGUCUGUUGCGUUAAGGCACGUAGUGGGAUUACAUCAUAAACCUCCCAUAAUUUUUGUCAUUCUGUGUUAAAUCAUUUCAGGGUUUAACUUUGAAAUAAAAGAUUAAUAUAAAAUGCAACAACUUUUUAUAUUACCUAUUAGUUUUGGAGUUCUUUAUGUUUAAAAAUUCAGGUGUAAAUUUUACUGCCUUGGAUAAAUAAAUUAUCGAUUUUUUAAGGCAGCAGUUAUUAAAUUGCUAAUAGAGAUGCUGCUUGCUUAGAAUUGGGAAAUUCAACUGAGUGCAGUGACUGACGCCUGCAAUCCCAGCACUUUGGGAGGCUAAGGCGGGCAGAUCACUUGAGGUCAGGAGUUCGAGAUUGGCCUGGCCAACAUGGUGAAAUCCCGUUUCUACUAAAAAUACAAAAAUUAGCUGGGCAUGGUGGCGGGCACCUGUAAUCCCAGGUACUCGGGAGGCUGAAGCAGCAGAAUCGCUUGAACCCAGGAGAUGGAGUUUGCAGUGAGCCAAGAUUACUCCAGCCUGAACAACAGUGAGUGAGACUCGGUCUCAAACCAAACCAAACAAAACAAAAACCAAAUUGGGAAAUUCUUCUUGAGUUAAAACGCAGACACUUUAUUAUAAAUCAGAUUCCAAAUCAUUAACUAUAUUUGCAAAACUGGCACAAGUGAUUUUUCUUUUUAAGUAUAUUAACGGGGUAGCUCCCUUCUAAGCCUAUCCGUUUAUGGGAAACUAACUGGAAUGUUAAUCUAUAUGAUGCAAAGGACCAAGGAUGCAGUUGAAUGGAAAAUUACUCAGUAUAGAGAAAGGAAAAAAACGGAAAUUUAAAAUAGAUACAGAAAAGUACAGUGGUAAUAUUUUUAUUUCCUAUUGGAGAGUGAAUCCCCACAGUUGCUUUUUGUGACUUGAUUCAAAUGAGGCACUCAAUAUUGUUACCAAACUUGUAAAAGCAUUCCAUGUAUUCAGUGGAGGCAGAAUGUAUAAUAUUUUUUCCUUAUAAUUUAGUAUACAGGAAAAUUAUUUAUUUUUUUAAGUAGGAUAUCUUAAUUAUCCUCAUUUCUUCUCCUAAACCACAUUAUAUGAUUGGACCCUGUUUAUAGAGUCUUUAGUGAAAUCAGAAAAAUAAAGUAGGCAUGAAUGUUCAGGAUACACAUAUACACUCACACACAUCACAGUAUCAGCUCUUUCAGUGAGUUUUUAUUAACUGAUAACACAUGUAACACAUAGUAGAAUACAUUUCAGAGGCAGAGUUCCUUGGAUUAUUUUUUAUUAAUAUUAGUGUUUAGCAGCUUAUUAUUUAAAGGGGUGCCAAAUAUAGCAUCCUUCUGUUUAUUUUAAAUAUUUUUUUAAUGAAAAGGGACUUAAAAAGUAACCAUGAUUAUCUAAAUUACUUAAAAUUUUUUAAUCUUAGUAAGACUUAACUUUAGGAAAUUAUCUAGUUUAAAUUUCAAAUGUUUUAAAAUUUGUAGGCAUAUAAUAAAUUAUCUUUUUUUGGAGGGGUGGAUGCUGCAUUUCACUGGAAAUGUCAGUUUUCCAAAGUUUCUAGCUAUGUACUCUCUUUCCUUCAAAUAAUAUAAGUCUGAAAGCAAUGAAAACCUCAAAGGAAAAUGUUUAUGUACACCUGCAUGUUUAUUUAAUAUGUUUCUCUUAACACCUGAAACUUCUUUUAAAACAAAAAGCAGUAUUCACUUCAAAUCAUAAACUUAGAAUUCUGUAUCUGAUGUCAGAAAUAUGUUUAUGACCUUGCUUUUCAGUGGUGCUGUUUCCCAUAGGGCAUUAGUUCUCAGAUUUUGGAAUGUGAAAUAAUCACCUAGGAAGUUUGUUUAAAAUGCACACUAGUGGGCCUCCUUAGACUUCUUUUGGGGCCUUCGACACCUUCUUCAGGUUAUUCUUUAUGUUUGUCCUGUGGUUAAAUACUAGAGUAUUCAUGAUAAAACAUUUUGAGAAGGGGUAAGCCGUGAGUUAUUACCCACAAUUGAAAGCAAAUUUUGAAUGAAUCUUUAAGUUAGGUAUCUACCUUCCCCUCAGCCCCCUAAAGAAACCUCUCAGUAGUUUCUAUCAAUAAUGUACAAAAUGAUGAGCAUUUUUCUAUGAUGAGGUUUUAACAAUUGUUCAGGGUGGUCUUUUGUUUUUAAAUCUUUUUUUAACUAGUAAUAUUUACGGUGUAUAUUUUAUACAGAAAUGCAUUGUAAUGUUUUUAAUUGUGUUGUUUUUUGCAGUCUUUUAAGUGCCAUGCCAAUUGUUUUUAUAUUCUAUAAAAGUUCGCUGAAAAUACUCAACAGGGGAAUAGGCAGCGGACAGUCAGAAUGGUUGGAAUUUUGGCGUUGUAAGAAAAACUUUAUUUUGCAUAAGCAUUUGGUCAGAUCAUUUUGUGCAUAUGCAGCCUGGAUUGGAUGUUAAGUAAAUGCUUGUUCAGUGCCGGUACAUUUACUUAAAUCUGUUUUUAUUUUUGUCAUGUAGAAUACUACUGUGGUCAUCAUAAUGUAAUCUGUAUUUCUGUACCUUUUUUUUUUUUUACUUUGAAGUCUUUAAAUAAAAUGUAUAAUACCCA